CAAUCACAACAUCGCAAAGUUCUGCUGCGGAAGAAGGGAUGCGAGGGAGAUGGCUGAACUUAGAUAGCCCUGUUUUAGGAAAUAUUUACACCAUGGACGUUUUCCGGAGGAAAGACGGGUGCAGAGGACGGCUGCUCGUCCUUGCAGUAGUGUUCGGGUGGUGUUUAGGCUCUGUGCGCUGUUUCGGGCAGAGCCAAGACAGCGAGUUUACGUUUCUGUUGCAAGCCGGAAGAUCCGAGUGCUUCUUUCAGACAACAGCAAAGAAUGGUACGAUGGAGGUCGAAUAUCAGGUUAUAGCAGGUGCUGGCAUGGAUGUAGACUUCACCAUCAUCUCUCCGGGGAACAUCCACCUCAUCAGUGAGUCUCGACGCUCUGACGGAGUACAUGUGGUGGAGCCUACAGAGGAGGGAGACUAUCAGAUCUGCUUUGACAACAGCUUCAGUCGCUUCUCGGAAAAGAUGGUGUUCUUUGAGAUCAUCAUUGAGGGUCAAGGGGGAGAUGUGGGGGGAGAUGAAGAGUGGGCAGGUUUAGAGGAGCCUGAUGGGAGUUUGCUGGAGUACAAGCUGGAAGACAUCCGGGAGUCCAUGGAGUCUCUGCACAGACGCUUGGAGCGCAGCCGGCAGAUGCAGACGGUGUUGCGGGCCUUCGAGGCACGGGACCGAAACCUUUUGGAGGACAACCUUUGGAAGGUCUCGUUCUGGUCCUGCGCCAGUGUUCUGGUGAUGCUGUGCGUGGCCCUCACCCAGGUCUACACUGUCCGCAAACUGUUUGAUGAUAAGCGAAGAGUCUGCACAUAGACGGAUCGUUUUGCUGAUACAUGACAGACUGGGAAGGAAAUCCCUCUCCAACACAAACUGUUCAACUGGUUACCCAUUCAUAUUGUUCUUCAUUAUAUUUCAUUUGGUUUACAUCAGGACGCAACAUCUUUUUUUUUACUUUUAAAAUCUUAUUUGUGAGCAAUAUCAUCUCUUCAUAAAGGGUAACCAGAUAAGGAAGAGAUUGAGGAAGUUGGUCAUUAGCUGUUAUUUAGUGCCUUUAAUGUCAAAUCUUACCACAAACCAAUGAGGAAAUACAGUUUAAAAGGCACUGUCUACAUAAACGGAACAGUAUUUGUUUUAUAUAUGUAUAUAUAACUGCUGUUAUAUGUUUCUGAAACUGCUCAGAGGUUUUGGGAAUUUUCUGCUAAAGGUGAGGUUAUCUUCCCUAAAGAUAAAAGUUCAGCUAUAUGACAUAACUCCAAAAUUACCCCAGAGCUCCGACGUCUGCCAGUUUACAGGUGAUAAGAAUGUGCAAUAGUGUUCUCGGCGUUAAUAAUCUUCCUGACAGUGUAACAUCCUGCCAUUGUCCAAAUGUUUCAUUAAUUACAUCCGUGUUGAUGGUUAGCUUUUUUUUUUUUUUUUCAAUGUGUUACUGAUUUCUUUACACGUGCCAGUACAGUUUCCAUGCUGAUGUGUUGACAUAAGAAUGUAGGGGAAGAAAAGAGAGGUGAUUUCUGGUAUGUAUGCCAAUAUCGUACAUGUGUCAGUACUCUUACAGACAAAUAUGUAGCACGUCGUGCGUGUGUCAGUUCAAAUAUGAAUCAGGAUAACUCAGUGUGAAUAUACAGAUAAUGAGAUGUGUGAUUCUUCUUAUUGAUCAAAUUUGCUUCUUCUUUUUUUUUUUUAUCUGACAUGUUUAUGUGACAUUUUGAUUCUCAUCGAUGAGUCACUGGUCCUAAUAAAUGGGUUUUUUACACAGUAAA